AUGGCAAAUAGAUGGGGAAACAAUGGAAAUAGUGACAGACUUUAUUUUCUUAGGCUCCAAAAUCACUUCAUUUUUUUUUUUUUAGUUCUACCAGUUUAUUGCUACCAACCCAUCUCCCUCCACCCUCAUGCACACAUGCUCAGUCAUGUAACCCCAUGGACUGCAGCCCGCCAGGCUCCUCUGUUCAUGGGCUUUUCCAGGCAAGAAUACUGGAGUGGGUUGCCAUUUCCUUCUCCAUCAAAUUCACUUCAGAUGGUCACUGCAGCCAUGAAGUUAAAAGACGAUUGCUCCUUGGAAGAAAAGCCAUGA